AUGUGUGCAUGCCUUCCAAACGCGUCGCUAUUACCGAGCGCAGAAGCCAUUCAGUUUUCGGGUAAAAAUUACGCGCCGUGCGGCGUGUCAGGGAAUUACUCCGUGGUGGGUUUCAAAGGCGCGUUCACUCCUCUGCAUCCACGCAUUCAACUGUCUGCGCUCGUGACGGUGUAUGAUGACUGCUACCUCGCCCUCUCCUCGCUCUCAUUGAAAUCAGCCAACAGUACUCCCUCUCUCUCCCUCUGGGGGGGAAUAGCCGGCGAUGAUCCAUUCUCCUACGCCUCCCCCAUCGACCCCGCCCUCUCUUCCCUCAACCCCGCCUCCGCCUCCCCUCUCCUCGCCGUUCACAUCGGCUCCCAAGGCCGCACAUGGGAUAACAUACACGUUCUCUACCUAGUCACUACCACCCCCGCGGGGGUCUUACAGAAAAUCUUAGCUCAGCUGCAGCUGCCCAGGCGCCUUACCCGUGGCGGGGAAUCAGGUUCAAGCGGCAAGGGUGCUGGGGGGACGGAUUUGCUGCCAGGAAGCGCAACGGAAGCUUCCGAGGGCCUGCGGAAGCAGGUGCUGAAGUAUGCCAAGGACAACCUGUUGCUGGCGCCGCCGCCGCCGGUUAUGCCGCCGCCGCCCCCGCCGGUUCCGCCUCCCCCUCCGCCCGUUGCGUCCCCGGCGCUGGGGUUCGUGAACUGCGUCACUGCGAAGAAGGGCCGGCUGAACAUCUACUGGCGCAUGGUGGGCGACCCCAUAAACGGCAUGGCGGUCGAGUUUGGGCUGGAGGGGAAGGUGCCUGACAACAGCUGGAUGGCCCUGGGCCUUUUCGAGCACCUCAAAACCCACCCCCUCUUACCCCACUUCCUACUCCCCUCCCGUCCUGCUCCUGCCACUACCCCCCAUCAGGACGCGCUGCUGGGCUCCUCUCCCUCCCUGGACAUUGUCAACCUCACCCUUGCUGCGCGCCAAGCAAGACGUUUUUCCGUGACGCGCUGCUGGGAUCCUCUGCCUCGCUCGACAACGUCAACCUCACCCUCGCUGCGCGCCAAGCAGACGUCUCCUUCGUCCGCUUCCGAAAUAUACCUCUUUACCAACCUCUCGUCUGCUCCCAUCUGCCUUCCCAUCGCUCCCCCACAUCAGGACGCGCUGUUGGGCUCCUCCCCCUCACUCGACAACGUCAACCUCACGCUCGCUGCGCGCCAAGCAGACGUCUCCUUCGUCCGCUUCCGCCGCUCCCUCGCCCUCUCCACCGACCCCCUCUUUGACCGCCGAUUCGAUAUAAGCUUCCCCUCUGCAGUCCCCAACAACACCGACCUCUCCCGCCCGCUGCUGUUCAUUUUCGCCACGGGACCCCUUCUCCCGUCCUCCACCCCCUCGCUGCCGCAACUCCUCCCACAUGCCGCCUCUGCUGCGUUCUUUUCCGGUUCCAUUAACAUCACUUUGAACGCUGCCAAAGCGACAAACUCCUGUGAACCGCUCUGGAAUACGCCAGAGCUCAGCUACCCGCCUCUGCCGCCCGGCUUGCUGCCCUCCCCGCCCGGCGAGCCGUCCAUGUGGGACGACGGGGCGGUGAUUUCCGGCUUAUCUCAGUGCAGCACGACGUUUGAAGGGGAAAACAGGAAAUUCGCCUCGUGUGAGGCGCUACCAGGGGGGUUCUUUUUCAUGUGGACUCUGGGGAAAGAGGAGCUGUCUGGUGCGUUCAUUUCGCAGUCUGUCUCCCCCCAAGGGUAUGCUGCGGUAGGCCUGCUGUUACCACCGCCGACUCCGCUUCUAGAGGCGCUGUUUACCCCUCCCCCCGCGCCGGCGGGGGGGAAUGGGAGUGCGGAGGGUGGGUAUGUGAAGCCGGAGUCGUUAGUGGGUGCCUCGAUGCUGGUUGCACGAUCCGGCGCAGUGCUCCUCUGGACCAAAGGCACCCAGUUCUUCCCCUCUAAUGACUCCCUUUCCCCAGACGGAGUCUCAGCCAUGGCAAGCGCGCCGAUAGACUUUGGCAAGGAGACUGACGUGGAUCCGAACGCGGCGACGGUGACGACGGCAGGGGUGGUGUAUUCCGCGCUGAGUGUGGCGGCGUGGGCGUUUAUGCUGCCGGUGGGGGCGGUUUCGGGGCGGUAUGUGCGGAAGCACAGCCGGUACUGGUUUCCGCUGCACCAGGGGUUUCAGCUGGGGGGGUACUUUCUGACGGUCUCGGCGUUCACGAUUGCGAUGUCGCUGGAGGCGCUGCAUCGGUCCGUGGGGUACUGUGUGCUGCUGGCGCUGCUCUCGACUCUUAUGGUGCUGCAGAUUUCAGCAGUGAUAAUCCGUCCGCCCGAGUCUCACCACCUUCGCGACCACUGGCGGCGAUUCCACAAGGUGUGUGGGUGCUCCACGCUCCUCCUCUCCCUCAUCCUCCUCUUCCUAGGCCUUCAGCUUAUCCAAGCCUCCUCAGGAUUCUCCAUUACCGCUGGUGUGUGGCUGGCGCUGCUGGCUUCGUGUUGCUUGACGCUGGAGUGGCUGCUGUGGGCAAAUCGGUUGACUCAGACUCAGGUUCGGCCGGAGAGCGAGAGGGAAGCGAGUGAGAAGGAGAGUGUGGAUAGCGAGGAGGAGGAGGGGGGGGGGGAGGGGGAGGGGAGUGAUGGGGAGUGGGAUGAUGGGAUAUCGGAUUUGAUGUUGGAGGGAGGGGAGGGGGCGGAUGGGGAGGAUGGGGAUGCAGAUAAGGAUGGGGAUGGGGGGAGGGAUUUGGAGAGAGGAGGAGAGGAGGGUGGAGGAGGGGAGGAAGAGGAGGGGAGUAAGCUGAGGGAUUGGGAGAGGCGGAUGCUUGCAGGACAUGCGGGGGCACUACCCAUUGGUGCUGCUGGUGAAUUGACUCGGGUGGGAGGAGCAGCAGGACCAGGAACAGUAAGGGGAGGACGAGGAGGAGGAGGAGAAGGAGGAGGAGGAGGCGGAGAAGGGAACCGAGGGUCGCACUCGCACCACCCUCAUCCGUCACUCUCCUCGCACCACCACUCGCACCUGCUACCUGUAGAGCGCACAGAGAGCACUACGAGCAGCAGCAGCGGGAUGGACGUUGAAGGGAGCCUGAACGGAGAGGCGGGCAUUGGCAGCAGCAGCCCUACCAGCAGUGCUUAUAAGUCGACUCAAAAUCCUGCUUUGGAAUCGACUCAAAAGCCCGCUUUCAUGAACCCUCUGUACUCGUCAGUGGAAGGGAGUCUGAACGCGGAGGCUGGCAGCGGCAGCCCUGCCAGCAGUGAUUAUAGCAGUGGCAAGAGCAGCCCCAGAAGCAGCAGUGGUAGGGCAACUGCUGCUGCAGGUGUUUCUGUGAAGGGCGAAGUUCUCGGGAGUGUUGAGAUGGCUGGUUUAGGGAAGCAGGCACAGCAGCAGAAGGAGCAAGAGCAGCAGCAGGAGGAGGAGAAGGAGCAGCAACGGCAGCUGUGGCAGCAGCUGUGGCAGCUGCAGCAGACGGGGCAAAGGGAGGCUGGAGAGCAGCAGAGGGCAGGUGAGAGGAAGCAGCAGGAAGAGCAAAUUAUGGAGCAAUGGCAGAGGCGAACGCAGCAACAGCAGCAGCAGCAGCAGCAGCAGCAGCAGCAGCAGCAGCAGCAACAGCAGCAGCAGCAGCAGCAGCAGCAACAGCAGCAACAGCAGCAGCAGCAGCAGCAGCAGCAACAGCAGCAACAGCAGCAGCAGCAGCAGCAGCAGCAACAGCAGCAACAGCAGCAACAGCAGCAACAGCAGCAGCAGCAGUCUAGGAGAGCCUUGGACGGCUGUGCUUCUUCAGGCUCAAAACAAGCCCCACCAGGUGUAGCUGCUGCUGUUCCCACAUCUACUACCAUGAUUUCUCAAGCUGAUUCUGCAUCGUCUGAGCUUCCGCCUGCCGUUUCACCAAUGGUGGAGCAGGCUUCAUCAUCAGCAGCAACAGGCACAGCAGCAGGAACAGCAGCAGCAGCCGACCAGCGGAGUGAAGGCCCCAGACGAAUGAGUGAAGUCAAGAGCACAGGAAAGCGUGAGGAAGCAGCAGCACUGGCAAAGGAAGCAGCAAGUGAGAGCGAGGCAGAAAGGGAGAGGGUGGCCGAAAGGAAGAGGGAAGCAGAAAGGGUGAGGGAGGAAGAAAGGUUACGGGAAGCUGAAAGGUCAAGAGAGGCAGAGAGGGCACGAGAAGCAGAGAAGGCGAGAGAGGCAGAGAAGGCGAGAGAGGCCAAUAAGGCAAGAGAGGCAGAUAAGGCAAGAGAAGCAGAAAGGUCAAGAGAGGAAGAUAAGGCAAGAGAGGACCGCAUGGCUGAGAACAGGCGGCGAUUCGACAUGCUGGCAGCAGGCUUGGGCGGUGGCGAUGGGGGUAUGGGAGGAGGAGCAGCAGGGGGCGGGAGGGGAAGAGGAGGGGCCCAGCCGAUGAUUAAAAUGGACAAGUACAAUGUGAAGGCCACAGUGGUUCAUGCACCCGACUUUGCGUCUCUCAAGCGGUCGCUGCAGCUGCACAAAGCCCUGGCUUCCACUGAAGGCAGGGCUGCUACUGGUGGUGGUGGUGGUGGUGCUGCUGGUGCUUCUGGGGGGAGGAGUGGUGCAGGUGGUGGUGGUGCUGCAGCUGGUGUUGGUGCUGCAACAGCCACUAGAACAGCAGCCUCUGACCUUCCUUCUAUUCUUCUCCCUCCUCCUGGAAUCCCAGAUUCCAACGCUCCUCCGCAUGGCAACAACCCUCCUCGCUACAACACCCCGCCCCGCUACAACACACCCCCACGUGCCCACUCUCCCUCAUCUCAAGCUGGCUCGCCUAGAUCUGCCGGCCUCCCCCCACUUCCCCCCUCGCCUUCGUCCUCUGGUGGGGGGGGUCCCUUCCUCCGUAACCGCACUCCUUCCCCUGGUAACCGCAACCAUGCGCUUGAAGCCGCAGCUGCUGCAGCUGCAGCGGCAGGCGCAGGAGAGGUUGGCGCUGCGGUUGCUACUACUGCUGGUGGGCAUGCUUUGGGUGGGGGUGUUACAGCAGGAAGAGCUGGGGGUGCGUCUGCGUCGGGUGCGCCUUUUGAGGCGCCUCAAAAUGCGGUUGCUACUGCUGGUGGUGGGCAUGCUUUGGGUGGGGGUGUUACAGCAGGAGGAGCUGGGGGUGUGUCUGCGUCGGGUGCGUCUGCUGCUGGUGCGUCUUGUAGUGGCUCUGGUUCUGGUGCAAGAAGGGCACUCUUGCUGCCUGCGACUGCGGACGCCCCACGCUCACUCUCCCCCACGCCCUCUGGGGCCGGGCCAAAGCAAGGAAUGCAGGGAAUUAUGGGAAUCAUGGGGGUGGGAAUCAUAGCUCCCAUGGGAGUCCCGGGGGGUAUGGCAGUCCCGGGAACUAUGGGGGUUGGGGUGGCGGUAGAAGGCUAG